AGCAUGGCGGAAGCGCCGCGCGGGCAGGGAGAAGCGGAGCCCGUCUCCUCCGAGCUGGAGCGGUUCCUGCAGCGGCACCCGAGCUUGCGCGUCCUCCCUCCGGGGAAAAAGGUCCGCUGCACGUUGACCGGUCAUGAGCUGCCUUGCCAGUUGCCUGAGCUGCAGGCUUUUACAGCUGGGAAGAAAUACCUGCGUUUGAGCAAGGCCCCGGGUGUCUCGGACUACAGCGAGUACGAACCGCACAUUGUGCCCAGCACCAAAAACCCGAAUCAACUUUUCUGCAAACUGACCCUGCGUCACCUCAAUAAGAUCCCGGAGCACGUUCUCCGUCACGUCCAAGGCCGGCGUUACCAGAAAGCACUUCGACGAUAUGAAGAAUGUCAGAAAGAGGGGCUGGAGUACGUCCCGGCUUGCCUCUUGCAGAGACGCCGACGGCCACGGCAAGACACGGGCAACGGCUUUGGCGCAGGGAAGGGGAAGCCUAGAGGGGGAUUCUGGGAACCUCCCGCCAGUGAUGAAGGGGGCAAUGAAACGGACGACAGCCUGAGUGACUUGUACCCGGCUGAACUGUUCCCAGAAAAAAACGCCGCAGGCAAGGAGACCCCCCACGAAAGUAUGAGCGACAGUGACGAAGAGUCCCCGAGGCCGGUGGUGGAAAAUGGCAGCCAGAUCGAAACGAUGGAGGUUGAUUCGCAGACAGCCACGAAAAGGAGAAAGAAACAAGUCACCCCUCAAAAGAAGAAAUUCAAAAAGUGGAACAGAAAAUCUAAAAAGCUUCGGAAGAGCCAUUAACAGGAACUCAAGUCUUUCUGAUGGGUCAAGCUCCAGUUUGUCUGUGCGGCGAGAAGACUAUCAUUAGCACUCGAGCAUGUUGCAUUUUAUUUAAGCGUGGUCCUUUUUUUGAGGGUGUGUGUGUAAAAUUGUAUACAUGUCACUGUUCUUCGUUUAUAUAAAGUUGUUCCAACUUUAC